CUCGCCCAUCUUGGAAACAACAAAGAGAGACUGAGGCCCUGACUCUAGUUCUUGUCGCUGCCCCGAGAGUGACUAUGAACUACAUCCCUCGGCCCUUCCAGCAGGGCAGCCCCCCGAACUAUGCUGUGCUAGAGGAGAACGAGAUGGGAGAGCAGGGCGUGGCCGGGAGCUCCACGGUGAUCAGCAUCCAGCCUGAGAUCUCGGUGCCUGACCACAUCGUCUGGUCCCUGUUCAAUGCCUUCUUCAUGAACGUUUGCUGUCUGGGCUUCGUGGCUUUUGCCUACUCUGUGAAGUCUAGGGACAGGAAGAUGGUUGGCGACAUGAUUGGGGCCCGGAGCUAUGCGUCCACCGCCAAGUGCCUGAACAUCAGCGCCCUGAUCCUGGGCAUCCUCUUCAACAUUGGAAUCAUCGUCGCUGUGGUGUUUGCUGUCAUAAUAUUUUACAAAAUGUACUAUCAAAGUAUGCAGAGGGGUGGAGGCUUCUAGAACCUCCCCACCGUCUGAUGGCUCCACCUCCAGCUAUGUGGGCUGGGCCUGCCCGGGGCCCAGCCCCUCAUCAGCAGUUUCUGCAGACAAGCCCUCAGUGUCGAUGUCAAUAAAG